AUGGAGAUAGGCUGUGGUAGUGUUGCUGUAGGAUACAGGCGACCCCGACCCUGUGUAGCCUGUGGUGUUUUAGGUCAGCUGAGGUGCUCUGUCUGCAAGGCAUGGUAUUGUGGAAAGCUCUGCCAGGUGGACGACUGGUUUUACCACAGGGAGAAGUGUUCCCCUCCUCCCCCUUUGGAAGAUGCAGACAGCUACAGCAGUUCACUUCUCUUGGAUGCCCAAAAGACCAACAGAAGUGAAGUCAGUCAGUCCAUGCAGAACAAAAGGAACAUAGGGAGCGAAUGCAGGGUAGUGGCACCAGCUUUUCAGAAUCCUUCAUUUUCCAGCAAUGAGGAUGAUGGUUCAUUGGCCAGUGACACUAAUAGAAGUAUUCCCCAGGAAGCUGUGGGAACUUCUUCAAACCAGAAUGGUCAAGUUGCUAAAAUUUCAGCUGGAUGGAGAGAGCAGGAUCAUUCAGCAACUACAAAAGAUGCCAGGCUUUCAGAAAAGAAUCAGGUCUCAGAGAAAGGGAUGUCAUCUCGGAAGAUUAAUGGUCACAGUCAGAAAAUUCCAACAGGUAAAUUAAGGAGACCAUACCAUGCCAAUGGUAAUUUUGGCAAUGGAGAACCUAGUUUCAAUCCAGUUACAGAUUCAAGGGAAGCAAACCAGAACAGCUCUGCAGAUCAAUCACUAAAUGGCUCAAGAAAUGAUGAGGUCAUCACUCCAGACACAAAAGUCUCUCCCUACUAAAGUGGAUGAAUUAAAUCUUACUGAAACUCAAAAAACCAUUCUCAACAGACUAAGUAAUGGACCUCGAGCUACCAUAAGCAAUGGUAGUUUACCUCCAGAACAACGUACUCUGGCUGAUAAGGUUCAGGUUGGCUGCGAGUACCAAGGAGCUGUUAUAUCUAACAAAGGGGACUACAAAACUUUCACUUUAACCUUGAUGGUGGAGACAUCAGAUAGUGUUCUUGACCAAGUCCUAGAGGUUCUUCCUAGCAUACCCAUGGAUCCAGACUUCAAAGCAGUGCGUGGUUCUCUGGUAGCUGCAUUAUCCAGGCAGGAUGGGUCAUGGUACCGUUCAUAUGUUCAUGAUGUAGAAGAAGAGGAGUACAGUGUGUGUCAUAUUGAUUUUGGAGAUGUGGAAAAGGUUGACAAAGUUAAAGCUUUGCCUCCAGGACCUUUGACAGAUUUUCCUGGCUACUCUAUGAUUGGCAAAUUGCAUGCUUUGGUAAGGCCUGAGUAUCAGAAAGAGCUCGAGGCUCUUAUUGUUCCUGACAAGCAGAUAACUAUCCAGGUGAUGGGCAAGAAAACAAGCUCUCUCAAGAUUGGUAUUAAAUCUGAAAAUUCUGGCAAGAUAUUGGCAUAUUACAUUUUACGGUCAUGGUACACAGGCCUCCCUAAUCAUACACAACAAAUCACACCCACAGGAAGUGUUUAUGAUGUAGAAGUGAAUAACAAUUCAGAAAGCUCUUUCAUCAAAGGCUCUGCAGCUCAGGGAACCCAUGUAGCUACCACAAAACAAACAUCAGAUAGAGCAGCAGAUGUAUGUAGAUUUAUUCCCCAUUCAGUAUUGGUUUCUGGGGCUGCAAAUGGAAAUUCUCGCCUCAACACUGGGAGCAGAGUUGGUGGAACACAAAAAAGAUUAGAAAUGGGUAACAAGACAGACAAGCCUUUGGAACAUUCCUCUCCUAAAACCAUGGAUGAUACAUCUCAUGCAGGCAGAGCCACAAGUGAAGGUGAAAGUAAGCAAGGAACUGGUGUAUUCACAACUCCUAAAGACAAAUUAUCUGGAAUCACCAAUAAGUUUUGGGCACGUGAUCUACCAUCUACCAGUGUUGAACCAGAGAAAGAAUAUACAGUCCUUCCUAUUUGGUUAACAGAGGAUAGCAUGCUUUAUGUGCAAAUUGUGUCUGAGAGCACUGUUAAUGCUUUUGGGAAACUGCAAUUUGAUAUGAAUAGCCAUUGUCAGAAAGGCAAAGUUCCUGACAGUAUCACUGUUGGUGAAAUGGUCUGCGGAUUUGUUAUAAGUGAAGAGAUAUGGUACCGCUGUGAAGUGCUGGCAGUUAAUGAUGAACAGAUUACAGUUCACCUUUGUGAUUUUGGCAACCAAGAGCAGAUCCACAAGGAAAACAUUUGUACCUUUACAGAAAAUUUCAUGAGAGAUCACAGAUUCUGUGUAAAAGUGAAAGUGGCUGAAGUGUCAAGGAAUGAUUCUAUUGCAAGAACAAAGUUGCAGGCUCUUGUAGAUGGCCAGAAGCAGCUUCUUAUGUAUUCCAAAGGAAUAGAACCAUUAGAGUUUGAGCUUUUUGAUGCUUCUGGGAGAAAUGUGUUAACAGAGCAACUUCAUAAACAGGAUAGAGCUGAGGUGAUGGUGGUCAGUGACACCAUAUCUGCAGUAGAAGUUUCAUCUGGCAAGCCCUCUCCCUUGGGGAACAGUGAGCCAACAGAAAAGCCUGUCAAAGUAAAGCUAACAAGCAAUAUGCAACUGGACAUUGCAGAACAGCCAGCAACAGCAAAUACCUCCUCAAGUGGAUGCAAGUCAGAUGAUGCUCAUUUGUCAGUAUCAAAAGUGGCUUCAGAAUCUGCAACCUGUAAGAUAAGAAUGUACGAGGAAUGUAAGUCAACAUCUCUGCCAAUUUCUGACAAAGUAAUCAUCAUUGUGUUGGAAGCAAGCAGCCCACAUGCCAUAAGUGUUGUUCCAUAUGAGUCUUUAGACUUGUACGAUAAAUUGGAAGAACUGAGUGUGACUAUGAACCAGUACUGUAAUAGCAGAAUAGGGCUGUAUAGACCACGUGUCGGUGAAAUGUGCCUUGCAAAAUUCAGUGAAGAUGAUCAGUGGUACAGAGGAGUGUGCGUAGGUAGUGAUGUUGAAACUGCGGCUGUGUUCUUCGUUGAUUAUGGAAACCAUGAAAAUGUUCCCCAUAAUAGGAUAUGUCAGAUUCCAGAUUCUUUCCUGGAAUUACCAUGUAUUGCUCUUCAUUGCAUUUUGAAAGGCAUAUCCAUAGAAGGCGUGAAAGAGGAGGCCUAUGAACGUUUGCCGGAGCUGCUGCCGAAGAAUACUCCAGUGAGCGUUACGGUUGUGAGCCAUAACAAAGAGGACGGAACGUAUGUUAUUAACGUACCAUCAGUUGUUAAUAGCCUUGUGUCAGAAGGCCUCGUUUGUAGGGAAAGCUAGUUUUGUUUUUCUUUUAUUUGUUUUUCUUUUGUUAUUCUUUUAUUUCAUCUCUUUUCUAUAAUUCUUUAAGUAUUAAGAAUAAAUAAUUUAAUGAAAAAGGAUAAUAAUUCUCUGUUUUGUUUGCUAAACCCUAUUUUCUUUAGUAUAUUGAAUAAGAUGGUUAUGUAAUUAUUUAGUCCUUACCAAAGCCGGGUACGGUAAACCUAUUCGUAAUUUCAGUUACAAUUUGAGUUUUAUGUAAUACUGUAUUUUUAUUCAUGCUGUUUAGAUGCAUAUUGUAGAAUUAGCCAGAAAAAAUAAGGAAAGAUAUUCUCUUUGAAUAAUGAAGUAAUAAUAUGUCUGAAUUACCGAUAGCAUGAGUAUAUUUUUACAUUUGAGAAACUGUCAGUGAUUGUUUUUCUUCCCCUUUACCUCCCUCCACCACUGCCUUCUUCCCAUCUCUCUCUCCCCUUUCUUCGACUCUCUUUUUUCUCCUCCUCUUACUUUUUUAUUUUUUUUUU